AUGCUCCGGGGCCACGGCCAUGCUCCGGGGCCACGGCCAUGCUCCGGGGCCACGGCCAUGCUCCGGGGCCACGGCCAUGCUCCGGGGCCACCGCCAUGCUCCGGGGCCACCGCCAUGCUCCGGGGCCACCGCCAUGCUCCGGGGCCACCGCCAUGCUCCGGGGCCACGGCCAUGCUCCGGGCCACCGCCAUGCUCCGGGGGCCACGGCCAUUCUCCGGGGGCCCACCACCAUGCUCCGGGGCCACCGCCAUGCUCCGGGGCCACCGCCAUGCUCCGGGGCCACGGCCAUGCUCCGGGGCCACGGCCAUGCUCCAGGGCCACGGCCAUGCUCCGGGGCCACGGCCAUGCUCCGGGGCCACCGCCAUGCUCCGGGGCCACCGCCAUGCUCCGGGCCACCGCCAUGCUCCGGGCCACCGCCAUGCUCCGGGGCCACCGCUAUGCUCCGGGGCCACGGCCAUGCUCCGGGGCCACCGCUAUGCUCCGGGGGCCACGGCCAUGCUCCGGGGCCACCGCCAUGCUCCGGGGGCCACGGCCAUUCUCCGGGGGCCACGGCCAUGCUCCGGGGCCCACCACCAUGCUCCGGGGCCACCGCCAUGCUCCGAGGCCACCGCCAUGCUCCGGGGCUACCGCCAUGCUCCGGGGCUACCGCCAUGCUCCGGGGCUACCGCCAUGCUCCGGGGCUACUGCCAUGUUCCGGGGCCACCACCAUGCUCCGGGGCCACCGCCAUGCUCCGGGGCCACCGCCAUGCUCCGGGGCCACCGCCAUGCUCCGGGGCUACCGCCAUGCUCCGGGGCUACCGCCAUGCUCCGGGGCUACCGCCAUGCUCCGGGGCUACCGCCAUGUUCCGGGGCUACCACCAUGCUCCGGGGCCACCGCCAUGCUCCGGGGCUACCGCCAUGCUCCGGGGCUACCGCCAUGCUCCGGGGCUACCGCCAUGCUCCGGGGCUACCGCCAUGCUCCGGGGCUACCGCCAUGUUCCGGGGCCACCACCAUGUUCCAGGGCCACGGCCAUGCUCCAGGGUCACGGCCAUGCUCCGGGGGCCCACCACCAUGCUCCAGGGCCACGGCCAUGCUCCGGGGCCACGGCCAUGCUCCGGGGCCACGGCCAUGCUCCAGGGCCACGGCCAUGCUCCGGGGCCACGGCCAUGCUCCGGGGCCACGGCGAGGGUCACGGGAGCACGAGACGGAGAGACACGGUCCAGGACAAAGGAGGAGACGAGGACAAUAGCGCUGAUGAUGAAGCUUUUCUAAACACCAACGCCUUCUGUACUAAUUAUAGAGAGCCAUGGGCGCUCUAG